UUCAGCAUCAUUCUGACUGUAUUAUUAAUUGAGUUUAGCGCAGUAGUUGCAAAUGCUCUGCUAGAGCACUGUGAUUUCAUACUUGAACAGAUUUUAUUGGGACACAACACUGGCUAAACAAAAAUUAAAUAGAGAAAUGCACUACUUCCUUCAAUAAGUAGAACGAUAGGAAAGAGAAAAUGAAGAGAUGUGUGUAACCUUGAGAUGCUGGAAAAGGAGCAGGUGAAGAGACCUCUAACCCUUGGGUGCUGGGAAAAGAGCAAAUUUAGCAAAAUUUGACAAAAAAUUGCUAAGUAAGGGUCAGAAGUUAGCAUGGAAAGUGAUUCGUCGCCGGCACGUUACCUGUUGAAAAUUGAAUCAUUUUCCUUGCUCUCAGACAAUGGCAUUAACAAGUAUGAAUCAAAUGAGUUCGAGUCGAGCGGCUACAAAUGGAAAAUGAUCAUUUAUCCUUAUGGAGAUGGAUCAGGACAUGACCAUAUAUCUAUAUACUUGGCCAUUGUUGGGACUAGCUCCCUACAUGCUGGUUGGGAGGUGAAUGCCACACUUAGCUUCUUGAUAUUUGAUCAAAUUCAUGACAACUAUGUUGUAAUAAGAGGAAUGGAGCGGCGUUUUCGCAAUAUCAAGACUGAAUGGGGUUUCUCAAAAUGCAUCUCCCGUGCAACAUUUAAAGAUCCCUCUAAUGGUUACCUUGUUAAUGACAGUUGUAUCUUCGGAGUAGAUGUAUAUGUCAACAGUAAUCAUGGAGUAGGUGAAUGUAUGUUGUUGAAAGAUGUCAAGGCUUAUAAGCACGAAUGGAAUAUUUCUGAAUUCACAAAAUUGAAGAAUGAGUUGUUUUCUGAGGAAUUUACUGUUGGCGGUUACAAAUGGAAAAUUUUGCUAUAUCCUACAGGUUGUAGUGGACAAAAUGGCGAGAGCAUCUCCAUCUAUCUUGAAUUAGUUGGUGCUAAAGGAUUUGAUUGUCGAAAAAGGGUCCACGGAAAAUAUAGCAUUUCCGUCAAAGACCAGAUUAGUGGUGCACAUCGCAAGAUGACUGUUGGUUCAUAUUGGUUUUCAGCUGCUUGUUACAUUUGGGGAUGGGGGGCAUUUAUGACACGCUAAGUGAAUUAAAGGAUCCAAAGAAAGGCUUCCUUGUGGGUGACUGCUGCAUUGUGGAAGCAGAUGUUUCUGUGCUUCGUGUCGUCAAUGGUUUAACCUAAUCAUAUAUAUAUAGUACUGAGAUGACAUUUAGCAGGUGUGUCGGGGACGGCAAUGCUUCAAGAUAUAUUAUAUGUUAUUAUGUUAAAAAGAAUGAUAUACUAUCAGGGUAUAUUAUAUGCUAAAUCCAUUGUAAUAUUAUUUCCUCUGCUUUCUCCAAUUUUCCCUCA